UGCGGGCGGGGCGGGAGGGGCCCGGUGCGGCGGCGGGGGGGAGGGAGACUGCGCAUCGAUUAUUCGGCAGCGAGCGCGCGUCGUGACCGCACGCGCGCACUCCCGCUCAUGUUUACCGCCCGAAACGAUCGCGACGCCGGGAAAUGUUAAAUGAUUACUUGACACUAGAUAUUAGCCGGUUUGGACGCGUGUGUACGUGUUGCAGCUGUGUGUAGUGCAUGAGGUGACGGUGGCGCGGGUGAUGACCAGCUAAGGGCGGCGCGGCCGAGCCGGCGACGAGAUGGGCAACUCGUGCAGUUCGGGGCAGGCACACAAGGACAAGGAUAAUGUAUCACAACACUCUGAGGAGUACACCGUGUCGACUGGCGAUUCGGACAGGUCGAACUGCUGCUCGCGCAGGUCGCCGUCGUACCGCGUCACGAAGCCGUCGAUGGACGCGAGCGCGGAGCCGCAGCCGCUGCCCGCGCACCACCUGCUCGAGCCCUCCUCCUCCUUCAAGGAGAAGCCGCAGCUGAAGGGCCCGCAUCGACCAGUCGGCUCCAGUGUCUCAGACUCGAUCUCCCUGUCUUCGCCGGUGGCAUGCACGUCCCCUCGCGAGGAGUUGGAGGGCCCGCCCAUGCCGAGCGCGGUGUCGGCGCUACCGGAGGAGCACCGCUGCUGCCUGCUCGGCAAGGUCACCGGCGUGCGGGCUCGCAGGCGCCGGGCCAUGCUCAUCUACGUGUGUGCUGCUGACUCGCAGGACUGCUGCGCAGAGAAAGGCGCUCUGCAGUGCGGCGCGGCGGCGCGGCUGCGGGUGCGCGCGCGGCGUCGCGGCUGGCGCGUGCACGUCGCCGACCUGCACUGGCGCUCGCCACUCGAGCAGCAGCGAGACCAUCGGUUCCCGGUGCUGUGUAUCGCUGAGCUAGCUCGGCAAUCGGAGCUGGGCGCGGUGGUCCCGGUGCUGUUCCUGAACUCGGGGCUGGGCACGCCGCUGCUGCCGCACACGCUGGAGUGCGCUGACUUCAAGGCGGCGCUCGAGACUGCCGAGGAGGAGUGCGACAAGGCUCUGCUUAAUAAAUGGUACAGUCUAGACUCGACGACGACGCCGCCGUGCUACCGGCUGGUGCGGGGCGCGCCGGCCCGCUGGCGCCGCGAGAUGGCCAAGACACUGAACGUGCUGGUGCGGACUCUGCCACAGGAGGCCUGUGAUGCCUACCUCACUACUGUGGUCGAACAGGAGGUACAGCACACGGUGCUGAUGAGCGUGGAGGCGGCGCGGCGCUGCGUGUGGGUGUGCCGCGCGGGGGGCGCGCCGCCGCCCGCCGACGCGCCCGACGACACCGCGCACGCGCACGAGCUGCAGCGGAGGCUCAACAACCUGCAGAAGGAUCUCAAGCAACACCUGAGCGAGCGCAACGUGAUCCGCGCGAGUGUCCGCGGGCGUCUGGCGCCGGGCGGCGAGGACAACUACACCGAGGGCGUCAGCAGCGCGCUGGCCGAGCGCCUCGAGGCGCUGCUGGACGCGCUCGUGGCGGACAACGACGCGCCCGCUGGGUACAACGGGAUACCUACCACCUUGUUCGACGAAAUAAACGAACACCUGUCGUUCUGUCAGAAGGCGUCGCAAUGUACCUCCAACAGAGAGAUCACACUCAACGAGCUCAAAACGUACAUAACUGGUGACAGCACAGUACCGCUGGCGUUAAUUGGCGGCGCUGGUUGCGGUAAGGCGACGCUAGUGGCUCGCGCUGUUACUAUGGCGCAUACAUACCAACCAGAUCUCGCUGUUAUUGUCAGGUUCGUAGGUCUAACGCCGCAGUCGAGCAGCUCCCACCAGCUGCUCAAGUCUAUCGUGGAUCAGUGUCAUGUUCUGCUGACCGGGACUGUUUAUAGAGGACGUAAUGACGUGUUCUCCCUGUCGGCGGCGCUGCCGCAGCUGCUGGGCGGCGUGGGGCGCGCGCGCGGGGCGCUGCUGUGCGUGGUGGGCGCCGACGCGCUGCGGGCCGCGCGCUGGCUGCCCGAGAGGCUGCCGCACAACGUCAAGAUGAUCGUCACCGUCACUGAAGAAAAAGACGAGCCGUCCAGCUCAGCCAUCAUGGCGGUGCUGUCGUCGGAGGACGGUCCCCGCGUGGUGCGCGCGCCGCCGGUGGGCGCGGACGAGGCGCGCGCCGUGCUGGUGGCGUGCGCCGCCGCCUACAGCAAGACCGGCGCCGCCGAGCCGCCGCCCGCCGCCGUCAGGGCCGUGCAGAAGUGCACCUUGCCGCUAUACGCUAAGAUCCUGGCAUGGCAGAUCUCGUUAUCAGCAGAAACCUUCACGGAACUGUCCGAACCUGAAACAACUCCAGAGCUGGUGAUCUGUGAGGACUUGGAGGGGCAGCUGACGCAGAUCCUGAUCACCACGGAGGCGGCGCUGGGCGCUGACCGAGUGAAGACCUGUCUAGCGCUGCUGACGGCAUCCAGGAGGGGCCUGGAUGAUACCGAGAUCCUGGAUAUACUGGCUCAUGAUGAACUGUUCAGGAGUGAGGAGACUUAUUUGCCGUGGGCGCCGGCGUCGCUGGUGUGGCCGCAGCUGGGCGCGCUGCUGUCGCCGUGGCUGCGCUGGGACGCGCGCGGCGCGGCGCGCUGGCGGGACGCCGCGCUCGCCUCCGCCGCCAGCGACCGCUACCUGCCCGACGGCGGGCUCGCUGUGCGACACACGCUUAUUGACUAUUAUGAGGGUAAAUGGUACGCAGAAAACGAUCCAAAGAUGGCUGGCCGUCUGGUAUCACAGGAGAACAAGUUUUCUGAGGAAUAUUACAACACACGGAAACUCGACGAGCUGCCGUUCCAGCACUACCACAUAUACAAGGAGCAGCCCGAGACGUUCGCCAGCCAGCCAUACUUCACGCAGCUGGAGUGCGUGCACGACAAGCUGGCGGCCACCGACUGCUGCCACUUCCUCGAAGACAUCGCGCUCGUCCACAUCGACCCCCUACCAGAACACAUCGAAGUACUCAAAGACGUUUUCGAAACCCACUCCUACGCAUUGGAUUACGACCAUCGACAGUUUUAUGGGAGAUUGCGAAUGACAAUGGAGAAACGGCAGCGCAAUGGAAUGCAAAUCAAGAGUAAGAUCGUUCAGGAGUGGAUGAAGGCGGUACGGGAGCCUCCGGUGCCAACCUUCUAUCCGGAGAAUGAAGAUUUCUGGAAGAUCAUGGAUACUAAGGAUAAGCGGGACUUCUCUCUGAGUGAGGGUUUCGACACGAAGACGUAUGAUUUGAUCGUGAGGUUCGAUAGUAGAGGCAAGUUUGUGGCGACCGUGUCUACCGAACGAGAGGAGAUCUGUGUGUGGGAUGUUACCAAAUGCAAGCUGGUGCGGAAGAUGGUGGGAGUGACCCACCCCAUCAACCUGGUUCCGAUCGACGAGUACAACUGCGUGGUGUUGUGUCGCCGAGAGCUCAGGGUUUACAAUCUCGAUCAGGGCACGUUCCUGGUGGCACUGAAAGGCGUGAUGAACCAGAAGAUGCCGUACUACGGGCUGCACGACCCCAAGCACCUGGUCGCGCUCUCCCGGAACCGGAUGUACGUGAAUCUCAUGAACAUUGAGACUGGUGACUGUGUGACCACGUUCAAGGCUGGUGAAGAUAGAUUCCUGAACUCUCUACUGGUUUCGGGUGAUGGAAGGGUGCUGGUCUGCGGUGAUGAGACACAGAAGCCGUUCCCGCUGCUGGUGUGGUCGCUGACGUCACGCAAGCUGCUCUACGACCUGCGGAUACCACACCACGACUUCAUCACCUCCAAGGCUGCUAUCACUUAUGAAGGUUCCUACGUCUGCGUGGUAUCCCGGGAGUUGGACGAGCCGAGCCCGAACUUCAUCGUAGUGUACGACCUGCAGUCCGGUACACUCUUCAAGAAGUGGAAGCCUGGCUGCGACACCGUGGCGUUGGCCAUCAGCUCCGUGGACGGCUGUGUCGUGUCAGGGUUGGCUGAUACCAGGAUACUGGUUUGGGAUCUCGUUACUGGUAACUGUCGGCUGACGCUACGCGGGCACGUGUCCGCGGCCUCACAGCUGCGGCUCGCCAAGGCAGGUGGCGUGCUCAUGUCAGCUGACGACUCCUGUCGAGACCUGUCUGUCAGGCUGUGGGACCUGCACACUGGUAAGCUGAUAGCAGUAUACACACCGCCAGAAAGGAUCACAUCGUGCGAAGUCCUUCUCGGAGGUUCAGUCCUCGCUCUGGCCAUGGAGAACUACAAAGAGGUUCUAUGCGUGAAGCUUCACGGUCCACCCGUCGAGUCAGUGGUCAGUGCCAAGGAGGUGGAAUAUGACGACAGGGAGUAUGGCGACGAGACAUUGGAGGGCAAGGCCUUUGACGUAAAGGGUCUGGAGAACUCAUAGCAGGUCUGAUGAGGCUACUCGUGUUGAUUGGAGAUUCAGGAGCCACUUAGUAUUGCUUUUUAGUUGGAGUCUGGGGUGUAAUGAUAAUGUUUAAGACAUCAAUAGUAUCGAUGGGUCUAUCAUCACUAGAAAAUGUUGCUGUCGAAGAAGCCAAUUCUGUUCCACAUUUAAAUAGUGCUGGUAGGCGCGCAGAUAAAUAAAUCUGUGAUCGCAUGUUACUGGCAUAAAAUAUUCAAAUUCCAAAUCAAGAAUUUUUGAAUAUUUUAUUCAGUUGCAGGAUAAGUCAUAUGGCAAUAUAUGUUAAAAAUUA